CGACCAACUUCAACUAAAUUCCUUUUCUUUUAUUUGACAACCAAGAUUUUAUCAAUCCGCAUACGAUCAACGCGUCCUAACAUCGAAAAUGUCUUCCGAUGAGGAAGAAGACUUCGAUAUGCCUGAUGUAGCAUCAGGUUCUGACUUUGAAAUGGACGCGCCAAAAUCGAAAGCCAAAGCCAAACCGAAAGCUAAAGCCCCUGCCAAACCCAAAACUACUACAGCUACUACAAAGCCUGCAAAGACAACUAAAGCUACAACCACCAAGGCUACGACAGCUAAACCGAAGAAGAAAGAUGUACUGCAGUCUAGAGAUGAGAAUACGCUGCACUCCGAUGACGAUGCGGGGCGGAGUGAAGAGGAUGAUGUUGUGGCUCCAUUACCAGCUAAAUCCUCUACAAGUGGCCCUGCACCUUCUAAGAAGUCAGCCAGUCAAACUUAUCAAAAGUUGACUCAACUAGAGCAUGUACUCAAAAGACCGGAUACGUAUAUAGGAAGUGUUGAAGCGAUACGACAAUAUAUGUGGGUUUAUGAUAAAGAGAAAAAAGCAAUGGCCAACAAAGAGAUUUCCUUCGUACCUGGUUUAUAUAAGAUUGUGGACGAGAUCUUGGUGAAUGCUGCGGAUAACAAGCAACGUGAUGAUAAAAUGGACACCUUGAAAGUUACUAUUGAUCCUGAAAAGAAUCUAAUAUCAGUGAUGAAUAACGGAAAAGGAAUUCCAAUUGAGAUUCACGAAACUGAAGGAUGCUACAUUCCAGAAUUGAUCUUCGGACACCUUUUAGCGGGUAGUAAUUUUGAUGACGACGAGAAAAAAACAACUGGUGGAAGAAAUGGAUAUGGAGCUAAAUUGGCAAAUAUUUAUUCGACCGAGUUCAUUGUGGAAACUGCGGAAGCAACUACAUGUAAGAAGUAUAAACAAACUUUUCGAAACAAUAUGUCGGUCAAAGAAAAGCCGAAAAUUACAGAAAACAAGAAGGGAGACCAAUACACUAAGAUCUCGUUCAAGCCAGAUCUUGUAAAAUUUAAUUUACCAGCUGAAAAUGGUCUCGCAGGUGAUAUGGAAGCUUUGCUGAGUAAACGUGUGUAUGAUAUGGCUGGUACAUUGAAGAAUGUCAAGGUCUGGUUGAAUGAUGAGCGGUUGAAAGUGACUACAUUCAAGAAAUAUGUUGAAAUGUAUACUAAUGGCAUCAAUGAAGUAAAAAUUCCAGGAUCACCAGGAGCCGGUCCUCCCAAAGCCACAAUCUUAUAUGAAGAAUGUGGUAAAAGAUGGGAAGUGGCCUUCACACCUUCCGAUGGACAAUUUCAACAAAUCUCAUUUUGUAACUCGAUUGCAACUACCAAAGGAGGUACACAUGUCGAUCAUGUGGUGAAACAACUUGUAGAAAAAAUCACAGAAGCUGCUAAUAAACAUAAAGCUAAAGUUAAACUUAAACCUUUUCAAGUUAGAAACCAUUUAUGGGUCUUUGUAAAUUGUUUAGUUGAGAAUCCGGCAUUUGAUAGUCAAACUAAGGAAAAUAUGACACUUGGAGUUAGUAAAUUCGGGAGUAAAUGUGUGAUGUCAGAUGAGUUUUUCAAGAAAGUGAUGAAAUCCGGUGUGAUUGAUAGCGUGGUAGACUUUGCGAAAUUGAAGGAAGAAGUGGCAUUGAAGAAGACGGACGGGUCCAAGCGAUCUCGUAUCACCGGAAUUGUCAAACUAGAGGAUGCCAAUAACGCGGGGACGAAGAAAGCGGCAGAGUGUACUUUAAUUUUAACGGAAGGAGAUUCAGCCAAAUCAUUGGCUGUUGCUGGGUUAACAGUCAUUGGACGUGAUAAUUAUGGUGUUUUCCCACUUCGUGGAAAAUUAUUAAACGUUCGAGAAGCUAGCGGAACUCAAUUGUUGGCGAAUGCUGAGAUUCAACAUAUUAAGAAGAUCAUGGGACUUCAACAAGGCAAGAAAUAUACCAGUCGAGAGUCCUUGCGAUAUGGGAGUUUGAUGAUCAUGACGGAUCAGGAUCACGAUGGAUCUCACAUCAAAGGCUUGAUUAUCAACUUUCUUGAUUACUUUUUCCCAUCACUAUUAGAAAUUCCUGGGUUUCUGGUUGAAUUUAUCACUCCUAUUGUUAAAGUGACCCGUAAGAAACAAGAAUUAUCAUUCUUUACUAUGCCAGAGUUUGAAAGAUGGAAAGAAGAGAAUAAUGGAGGAAGGGAAUGGAAGAGUAAAUACUACAAAGGAUUGGGUACCAGUGAUGCGAAGGAUGCUAAGAAGUAUUUUAGCAAGAUGUCAUCUCAUAGAAUUAAAUUUGCUCCCACUCAACCUACUGAUCGGGACCUUAUUGACAUGGCUUUCAACAAGAAAAAAGCUGAUAACCGUAAGGAAUGGUUACGCGGAUUUGAGCCCGGUACACACUUGGAUCACAACGUCUCCCAAAUUAGCUACACCGAAUUCAUCAACAAAGAAUUGAUUCUGUUCUCUAUGGCUGACAAUAUCCGAUCGAUACCAUCGAUGGUUGACGGCUUUAAACCGGGUCAAAGAAAAGUUCUGUUUGCUUGCUUCAAAAGGAAAUUGAAAGCGGAGAUCAAAGUAGCUCAAUUGGGAGGUUACUGUGCCGAACAUUCAGCCUAUCAUCACGGAGAACAAAGUCUUACACAAACGAUUGUCGCACUCGCACAAAACUUUGUCGGAAGCAACAACAUCAACGUACUUUCACCUAAUGGACAAUUUGGUACACGGGCAAAUGGUGGUAAAGAUGCAGCCUCUGCAAGGUAUAUCUUUACCAAUAUUGAAAAGAUUACUAGAGCGAUCUUCCCACCUCAAGACGAUCACGUUUUGAAUUAUUUAAAUGAUGAUGGAGCUCAAAUCGAACCUGAAUGGUAUGUACCUGUCUUACCGAUGGUCCUAGUAAAUGGAUCAAGUGGAAUUGGGACAGGAUGGAGUUCAGAUAUACCGAAUUAUAAUCCGAUGGAUAUCGUUGAAAACUUGAGAAGAAAGUUAUCAGAUGAACCAUUAGAACCGAUUUAUCCUUGGUUUCGUGGGUUUACAGGUCAUAUCACACCUGAAGCACCUGGUAAAUUCAAGGUUACUGGAGAAUGGAAUCAACCUGAUGAAGAUACGGUGGAGAUUACUGAAUUACCGAUUAGAGUUUGGAAUUUGACUUAUAAAGAACUGCUGGAAGCUUGGAUCACUUCGACGGACAAGGUGCCCGCAUUGGUCAAGGAUUAUCGUGAAUAUCAUACAGAAACCACAGUUCAUUUUAUAAUUCAAUUAACUGAUAAAGGCAAAGAAGCCAUCAAAAAAGAUGGUCUAGAAAAAGUGUUCAAGUUAACUGGCAAUGUGUCUACUACCAAUAUGGUUUGUUUUGAUUCGUUUGGAAAAAUCAAAAAGUAUAGUACACCUGAAGAAAUUUUGGAAGAUUUUUAUGACAUUCGACUUGAAUAUUAUCAAAAGCGAAAGGAAUUUUUGGUUCAAGAUUUGACGACUACAUAUGAAAGAUUAUCAAAUCAAGCAAGAUUUGUUUUAAUGAUUAUUGAAAAGAAACUAAUCAUCAAUAAUCGAAAGAAAGCAGAAGUAGUAAUCGAUUUACGUAAACUUGAUUUUAGACCAUUUCCUCGUAAACCUAAACCUAAGACUGCAGGUGAUCCCGAUCAAGUUGGUGAAGAUGAUCAAGAGGAAGAAGAACAUGACGAAGUCGAAUCAGCUGGGGAUUAUGAUUAUCUUUUGAGCAUGGCCAUCUCGAGACUUACUGCUGAACAGGUUGCUAAACUAUUGGCUGAACGAGAUGAGAAAGAGAAAGACCUCCAAAUCUUAUUAGGUAAAACUGCUAAGGAUCUAUGGCAUGUUGAUCUUGAUGCAUUUGAGGCAGAAUGGACCGUAAGUUUAGAUUUCCCGUGA